UCUCCUAAUGGCUCUGCGGUGAGUCGGUCCGUCAGUCAGUCGGGCUGACAGGAUGAGUCUCCUCUCUUUGACUGUCGGCUACUGUAGGAACCGAGUCCGGACGCUGAGCCGCAACUAUUCCUCUUCAUCUACUUUUCGCUUCUUCGUGGUUCUCACGUCGAAGAAAUCACUCAUCCAAAGAAGAUGCGGAGGUUUACAUCAACACAUUUUCCAAGUUACUCGGCUACUUAGCUCAAGGAAACAGCCAAAAGAUGGAAAUAUAAAAGAAGAGUCUCGUGGAAGGGAAUGGCAGGACUCAAAUAACGGGAAGGACCAAAGACGAAAACGAUGGAAAAAAGGGGAAUCAUACUGGUGGUCACGCUUUCAGGAGGAAUUUCCCUUUGAUGAUAAAACGGUCCAGAACCUAGCAGCCGGUGCAGCAGGCAUGGCCUCAGCUUUCUUGUACUUUCACUUUAGAGAAACAGGAGUCCAGAUCUCCUGGAAGGAUUUUGUGCAUCACUACUUGAGUAGAGGCUUGGUGGGCCAUGUCGAGGUUGUCAACAAACAGUAUGUCAAAGUAUUUCCAGCCCCCGGCGUGAACACAUCACGAGUGAACUAUUUGUGGUUCAACAUUGGCAGCGCAGACUCAUUUGAGCAUAACCUGGAGCUAGCACAGCAGGAAAUAGGUCUGGACUCCAUUCAGAAAGUACCUGUGCUCUACAGCAGUGAAAGUGAUGGGACUCUGUUUUUGAGUGUUCUCCCAAUCUUACUUGUGGUCGGAUUUUUACUUUUUGCAACACGGCAGGGGCCGAUGGCAGGAGGACUUGGUGGCUGGGGGAGAGGAGGCCUCUUUGGGAUAAGUGAAUCCAAAGCCAGGAUAAUUAAAAACAAUGUCAGUGUCCAUUUUAAAGAUGUUGCAGGGUGUGAGGAGGCCAAACAAGAUAUCUUGGAGUUUAUCAAUUUCCUGAAAAGCCCACGUCAGUAUCAUGACCUGGGUGCUAAGAUUCCUAAGGGUGCAGUGCUAUGGGGUCCAUCUGGAAAUGGGAAGACUUUGCUAGCUAAGGCCACUGCAGGAGAGGCCAACGUUCCUUUCAUCACAGUCAACGGCUCGGAGUUCCAGGAAAUGUUUGUCGGUGUGGGUGCAGCAAGGAUAAGAGAUUUGUUUGCCACAGCUCGAAAAAAUGCUCCUUGCAUUCUUUUCAUUGAUGAGAUUGAUGCCAUCGGCAGAAAGCGGGGCAAAGAAAACUUUGGUGAUGAGGGCGAACAGGAGAACACCCUCAACCAGCUGCUUGUGGAAAUGGAUGGAUUCAACAGCAGCACUAACAUCGUGGUUUUAGCUGCCACAAAUCGAGCCGAUAUCCUGGAUCCAGCUCUGAUGAGGCCUGGACGCUUUGAUCGACAUGUAUACAUAGGUCCUCCAGAUAUGAAAGGCAGGGCAUCAAUCUUUAAGGUGCAUUUAAGACCUCUGAAGUUGGACUCCAGUGUAGAUGUAGAGACGCUGGCCAGGAAUCUUGCUGCUUUAACCCCAGAUUUUACUGGGGCUGACAUUGCAAAUGUGUGUAAUGAGGCAGCUCUAAUAGCUGCACGUCGUCUCAGCCAGUAUGUCAGUAGCAAACACUUUGAGUGGGCAGUUGAAAGGGUUGUUGGAGGUCUAGAGAAAAGAUCUCAGGUUCUGCAACUUCCAGAAAAAACUACUCUGGCAUAUCAUGAAGCUGGGCAUGCUGUCACUGGGUGGUUUCUUGAACAUGCAGACCCACUUUUUAAGGUGUCACUUGUUCCUAGAGGGACAGGUUUGGGCUAUGCACAGUAUCUACCUAAAGAGCAGUACCUAUUCACACAGGAGCAGCUGUUUGACAGAAUGUGCAUGAUGCUGGGUGGUCGAGUGGCUGAGCAGGUUUUCUUUCGUCAAGUCACCACCAGGGCACAAGAUGAUCUCAGGAAAGUCACACAGUCUGCCUAUGCACAGAUUGUACAGUUUGGAAUGAAUGGUGCGGUGGGUCAGGUUUCUUUUGACCUACCGCAAUGGGGCAGCCUUAUAACUGACAAACCUUUCAGUGAAUCUACAGCCCAGGUUAUAGACCAGGAAGUUCGCUCACUCAUAGAUGCUGCCUUCCAACGAACACUUGAGCUCAUACUUGACAAGAAGGAAAUGGUGGAGAAGGUGGCAAAGCAUCUUCUAGACCAAGAGAUUCUAGACAGGGCUGACAUGGUGGAACUGCUAGGACCUCGCCCCUUUCAAGAGAAGUCCUCAUAUCAAGAGGUUGUUGAUUGCUUGGAGAAAUCUAAAGAAGACACUUUUCUACCUGAAGGACUAACAGACUGGCAAAACAACAAAGGAGAUACAAAACACCUGCAGAAUCGGCAAAACACAUCAGCCCUUUACCUGUAGGUUGUCUUUAAGGUUGUCUCUCAUGUGCGGCACCAUCUGGUCUGGACUGCAGUUUGUCAGAGGUCUGUUAGUGGUUCAUGUGACUGACAACCUUAGGAUAAAAGAUGGUGAUGUGUUGCCCAAGGUUUUGUGCAAUCUGCAAUUUUUUUCAUUGUAGUUUUUAUGUACAAGUGCACUAUUUUGCUGCAGUUGCCUUAUGUUUCCUUUUUCCACUCUGUGGAAGUCUCUAAGUGCAAUAAUACUAACAAAACAUACCAUGAAUAAUUAGAAGAGAAUUAUAUUAUGUUAUUAGAAGGGAAUAAGCCAUCAUGCUAUGUUCUUAUCAGCUGCAGGAAUCAUGUGUUAAGUUUUAUUUUGAGGUUUGGAUUUUCAUCCUUUUGCAGAUACAGUUUUCUAUUCUAUCCUAUUAUUUGCCACAUGUUUAAAGUUCAGAUCUAUUUGAUUGUUGAUUGUUUUAUAUUUCAAUCCUUUUGCAGAUGUUGUUUUCCUUGGAGUCUGCGUAUAUUUAUCAGUAAAGGUAAUUAGAAAUCA